GUGUGUGUGUGUGUGUGUGAGUGUGAGUGAGUGAAAGAGAGAGAGAGAGAGCCGGGAUUGGGGCAGUGUGGACACUCGGUGUGCUAGCCGGAGCGGUUGAUAGUGAAGCACGCUCUGCAGUGGACAACAUGUUCCUCCUGACACUCGGACUUUAUUUACCGCUCCUCCUUCGCCAUGCCUCCCCACAGUCCUUGAUGGGUAAAAUGUUCCCCUUCCCAACAGAUAUGGAGGCACUGGCGCCCAGAAAGAAAUUCGAGCCGUGCUGUAUGCUGACUCCACCCCCGCCCCCCUUGUUUCCCCCGCCCCGCUCACCGUGGCGCAGGCCUCUGAGGGAUGUUAGCAAUGAAUAUGAGAAAGAGAACACAGAGGAAGCCAAUCACAAGCCGACAGACCCUACCUGCUCUGUGGGGCCGCCCGGACCAGCUGGCCCUGUGGGACCUCAGGGUCCUCCUGGACUGCCAGGACCAAAGGGACCAAAGGGUGAAAAGGGAGAAAUUGGGAGACCUGGACAGAAGGGACGCACAGGGCCGCCUGGUCUCCCAGGGCGUCAGGGACCAAAUGGGUGGGCAGGACCAAGUGGGCCCAAGGGGGAGAAAGGUGACCCUGGACUGAUGGGAAUGCCCGGAGCACGAGGACCAGCUGGACCCAAGGGACUGCCUGGAUAUAAAGGUGAAAAGGGCUCACGAGGUGAUAGAGGUGAAGCUGGCCCAAAGGGUGAGAAGGGCACAAUGGGUCUGCCAGGAAUGCUUGGCCAAAAGGGUGAAAUGGGACCAAAAGGAGAGCCUGGAAUUGCUGGAAACAGGGGCCCCACGGGCCGACCAGGAAAAAGAGGCAAACAGGGGCUCAAGGGAGAUACUGGUCUAACAGGACCAAUGGGACCUGUAGGCCUUCAGGGGCCCCCUGGUCAUCCAGGUCCCCCGGGCCUGCCUGCCUCAGGGCUGUAUGUGAUAGGGCCCAAAGGAGAGAAAGGCCAGCAAGGCAGCCCAGGUCGCUGUAGCUGCGGCUCCAACAUGAACAUUGACAGCGCCGCCUUUGACAAGAACGCAUACAGAAGCCAAUAUCCCAGAGUGCCUGCCAUUUUUGUGGUGAAUAACGAACAGGAAUUGGACCAUCUCCACACUGCUAAUGCCCUGGCUUUCCGCAAGGACCAGAGGACCCUCUACUUCAAGGACACAGAAGGCUGGCUGCCAAUUCAGCUAAUGCCAUUCCAAUCCAUGGAGCAUGCUCCCGACCCGGAUGGGUUCUGUGGGGAUGGCGUCGUGCAGGUUGAGAACAGCGAGGAGUGCGACGACGGAAACCGUGUGGUCACGGACGGCUGCAUCAAGUGCAGACACGCACACUGCGGAGACGGCUAUCGCCACGAGGGAGCUGAGGAGUGCGAUGGCAAAGAUUUUGGCUAUCAGACCUGCAAAUCCUACCUUCCUGGAUCUUAUGGGCAUCUCAAAUGCACCAGCGACUGCUACAUUGACUCCACAAACUGCAAGUAUUUCACAUGAAGGAGCAGGAGGAAACCGAUGGAGCCUGCACUUGCCAAUUGUCUUGUUUUAAGCGGCAGGGACUGAGACCCAGGUAACCCAAGACACUGCGAACAAACAGAAUCCAAGGAUGUGACGAGAUUACGUUUAAGGGGGGAAACGUUGCAAACAUGUAUAUUGUACUCCUUUGUGGUAAUGCUGCUGAGAAGCCACGUAGCUCACAGGGAAAAAGAGCGCUCCGCUCGGUCACUGCAGACGCACACAACUCAUCGCUCUCUGUCUUAAGAACUCAACUGGGACUUCGGAUGCCAUUCUCUGCUCAGCCCCUCGCUCUGGAGCUGGGCACCUAGCUCAACAUUCUGCUUCGCCACAAGAAAAGGAACCUGGAGAGCCCGCCGCCUCUUGAAAAAAAAUAAAAUAGGGGAGCCAAAGCCAGACCCUUCAGUACCUCAGUGUGUAACCUUUCCCGAAAACAUGGCCAUCUUGCCCACGGUGCUGUCUACGCAGACUGCAAUGUGAACCAUUUAGCAUUUAGCAUGGUGCUGUGAUUGCUGUAGCUAUGGCAAUAGGCCAAUUAGGUGUAUGUGCAAGGCAAGAAGAAAACCACUCGACUCCUUAAAGUUAUGUACGUUGAGCUCAGUGGACAGGCCCUGACCAAAACCAGGAAACCAGGUCUGUGGUUGAACACUGGGAGUAGGUUCAACAGACUGGCUCUCUGACACGCUCUGCAGGCAGUCAGGCCGUGAAGUCACGUUCAGGGCUGUAUAUCCGUUGAGCAAGCUGCAAGGUCAGAACUGUCUCCACGGAGAACAACAGAAAGGAUUGGAGCUAGCUCGGGCUGCUGAUGCUCCUUGCCUGGGGCCAUUGUGUGGCGGUGCUCUAACUGCAACCUCGUAAAGAUCAGGCUUAGUUUUUAGUCAGACAUUCUCACUGAUACCUCAGGAAAUGUCUUUUCCUCAUUGUAGCCUUUGCAUCUCCAUCACCUGGUGGUGCAAGGCUAGCAUAUUCUAGUGUUCUUAAGAUGACAACUUGUCUACUAAUACACAUAUGCUGUAAAUGCUUCUAGAUCUGAUGAAGGAACCUUAAAAGACCCAUCUUGAUCCUUUGGAUCUUGACACCAAAGUUAUUUAGGGUGACAACCACAUUUAGAGGCUCUCACACUGUUAUAAAUCAUUUGUGCACUGUCAAUCAGCAUUGGUAAGGGACAUCUCUUGCUGCUAUCUAGUAGGUUAAAGACUGUAGGAGUAUACAUGAAAUGGCUAGCCAGCUGCUGGUUAUUUCCUACGACUGGAAUAUAGACCGCACUCCUCAUCACAUAGCAUGCCUUUGCUCUCUAUGGUCACAGAACUACAGUGUAGCAUGUAGAAAAUAUUAUGUUCAUUGGUCUGCUGUUCUUGUAUUAAAGUGGUACUUGACAUUUUUGAUACAGUAUACUGUAAGCUACGUUUUUCCAUAAGCUAAAAGCAGCAUUUGCUAUGGAGACCUCUCCUUACUUAAUGAAUUCUGGGUGUGACCCACCUGACUUGUGUGUACAUCUAAUGUAUAAGGGAAAAAAUUGUCUGAAAUUGUUCUUGUGCAUCUGCAUGUUAUUGUUACCGUAUACAUUCACUGAAAAAUAUCAGGAAUGCAAUAUUUCAAUGCAUUAAUGUAUGUCUGUAGUUUUUAUUUCCAAAUACAGGCAGUGUUUUUAAUACAGUAGUUGUAUUAAAACAAGGAAGGCUGUUUGCAAACUGCAUUAGACUUCUCCUGGACUGCUAUCUUCCAUUUUCAGUAACUGGAGAACGUGCUCAUGACAUAUACUCUGUAUACAAGCAGAAAAUCAAGUUUGCCUCCACUGAUGCAGUUGCAUGUUAAAAUAUAAUGCAGUGUUGAAUGUUCUGACCUAUGGUGAGGUGGAGGGUAAACCGUUUCUUAUGAAAUUUGUAUGUUUGAUACAGCCUUGUACUAAGGUUAAAAUAAAGCUUAAAAAGCUACUGUA